GGCAACACCUCUGGUCUCAGCUGUGCCACCAGGCCCCGGGGACACCGAGCCUGGCGCUGUCCCCACUGCUCCGGGCAGGGGAACAGCUCGUCUGCCCCACGGGGAUUGCCCACAUCCAUCCAUGGCGUGUCACAGCUCAGCCCCCCCCUGCCCGCCAGCGCCUUUGUGUCAGGGCAUGGGGGGUGUCCCCCGGGGUGUCCCCGGGGCUGCCACUGCCUGUCCCCCGCAGACAUCAUGGCUGACAAGGAGGGGGUGACGCUGUCGCUGGAGGAGGAGGAGGAGGAUGCCGACGUGGCCCUGGCGUACAAGACGCCGGAGAAGAAGAGCCUGCGGGAGAUCCAGGAGCUGGACCCAGGGGAUGAGAGCCUGCGGAAGUACAAGCAGGCGCUGCUGGGUGCCAUCCCUGCCGCCGUGGAUGCCAGCGUGCCCAACGUGCAGGUGACAAGGCUGACCCUGAUGUGUGAGCAGGCGCCAGGGCCCAUCACCAUGGACCUGACAGGAGACCUGGAGGGGCUGCAGGGCAGGGCCUUUGUGCUGAAGGAAGGGGUGGACUACAGGGUGAAGGUGUCCUUCAAGGUGAACAGGGAGAUCGUCUGCGGGCUGCGGUGCCUGCACCUC